UGACAUAGAUGGGUUAACGAAAACCAGCAAUAUGAAGGUGAAAUGGACCCAACUGGGCCUGGUGUUUUUCUUGCUGCUGUCCAUCAUCAUGACUUCAUGCUUCAUUUGGCAGUACCAGCUGCCCAAGUUAGUGCUAGAAGAAAAUACUGGGGAAAGAUCCAAAUCUGUGAGAAUGUGCCCUCGCUUCCCAGAGCCCACACCUCUUGAACAUCCCAUCCACUCUUUGAAGGAAGCGCUUGAGAAAGUUGACGCACUGCUGCGGAAUAACAUCAACCCCAUCAGUCUGCCCUCAUUGUCAGCUAUUGUUACUUACAAUGACACAGUACUGUGGACAGGGAACUUCGGCAAAAGAAAUGGUAGUGAUCCAAACUCUGCACCUCCAAAUGAAUACACAAUUUACAG